AUGCAGGCAAUCAGGUAAGACACUUUGCAUUAAAGUAACUAUUCGAUGAAGAGUGAAUGUUUCCUAACAGAUGCUAAGUUUUUCAAGCACUUUCGGAAAACAGAAAUCACAGGAAAAGCUGUCUUUUCGAUUUUCCACCAUUUAAGAAAGAGCUGGGUGGAGACGAUUGCUUAAGGUCAGUUUUAAAAUGUCGAGUGAAAUCACCAAGUCACUUCAAAGCCCGACUUCUAACUUCAUUUGUGUAAUGUCAGUGAUUUCAGGAACUGUUAUUUCUGCGGCAAACCUCAUCCACCUUGUAAUUUAGUUACAGGAGGUUCAAACAAACAGGUCACAGCAACAACAACAAAAAAAAGAUCAUUUGCUUUUUCUAAGUUCCUUUUCCCUCUCUUGACAGCACACAAAGUCUUCAUCAUCAUUUUGGUGUUACAAUCCCUCUCUAACCUUUUAAUCGUUGCUUAUUUUCCUCUAAACUCUGUUUCUUAGGUCUCUGUUUCUCCCAAACUGGUCCUCGGAUGUUCGUCUAGAUGGAAAGAUCGCUAUAGUAACGGGGGCCAACGUUGGGAUAGGCAAGGAGACAGCUAAAGACCUGGCCAGCAGAGGCAAGCGGAUAAAACUAGAUAUUUAGAAACAAACUAAUGAGUAGCAUGGUUACUUAUAGACUAUUGUGCUGUGUGACUCAGCAUUACAAUGUGGGAAAUGUUCAAAUGAGUCGUCUCAAGUAUCAAAUUGCUGCAUUAAGUAUAAGAAAUGAUGUUUAUAAGUGUAUGAAUAUGGUUUAAAUUAAAGAGAGUACAGUUAAAACCACAUUAACCAAAAAAAGAAGAAAUAUUGAGACAAGGACAAAUGACUGGAAGUAAGCUCACUAUGCACCACUGUGAUCACAUUUCAACACUAUUGAGGGUUAUUGGUCCAUGUAGGUGCACGGGUGAUUUUGGCCUGCAGAGACAUGACCAAAGGAGAGCAAGCUGCCCGUGACAUCAUGAGGGAUGUGAGGGGAGCCAAGGUAGUCGCCAGGCAACUGGAUCUGGCCGACACCAAAUCGAUCUGCCAGUUUGCUGAGAACGUCUACAACAGUGGGUGAAACAUGCACACAAAAUCACACAAAGAUACCACAUUUGAAAGAUGGUUUUACAGGUAAUGUAUCCUGUCUUCCAGCUGAGAAGUCUCUUCACUUCCUGAUCAACAACGCAGGCGUGGCUAUGUGCCCACACAGCCUGACAGUGGAUGGAUAUGAAAUGCAGUUUGGAGUCAAUCACUUGGGUAAGAGAUAAAAACGGUUGUCAGGUUAUCUCGAGAAAUUCUGCAGGUCUCAUGUGAGCGUGUCUGAAAAUCUGCCCCCAUUCGGUUUGUAUAGCAACAGUCCACCUCCCUGUUCGAGGCACUCUGGGAUACCUGUUAGCGCCGCUUAUCAACAUCUUUUCCUCCUGAUUAUGUUAGAAACAUGCGUUCAAGAAAACACAAGUGGCAACAAGUGAAGCAGCUCUAGGUCCCAGUAGGUGUCAACCCACUUCACAGGAUCUGAUUGCUUGUAGACACAACGCCCACUGUGACUGCCACUCUCGUUGCCCUGAAUGAGAAGUCUCACCAACAAACCAACUACUUAUGUGUUUUAUUUUACUGUAAAUUGCAUCUAUAUUUGACCUACACUCAUAAGAAGCUGCAAUACAAUAUAAGAGAGAGAAAAUUCCAGACAUGUUCUAAUACAUGCUGUAUGUCUGCACUUGAACUUAUUAUUCUCAGCAUGCAGCAACAGGAUUAAUCUCCACAUGUGAUGUUUUCUCUCUCCAAACUCUCUUUUUGUCUCUCUACUGACGCUCGUCCUCAGGUCACUUCUUCCUGACCUUUCUGUUACUGGACUUGCUGAAACACUCAGCUCCAUCUCGGGUUAUAAACCUCUCCUCAGGCGCUCACAACCUGGGAAAGAUUCAGUUUGAUGACCUAAAGGGGGAGAAAAACUACCACCCAAUCUCGGCCUACGCACAGAGCAAGCUGGCAAACAUCCUCUUCACCCGAGAGCUGGCCAAAAGGACUGAACGUAGGGAGUGUUUGUAUCACGGAUUACACCAUCGCUUGCUGUACUUUUUGUCUUUAUUUCUCGGUCUGUACCUCUUUGUUCCGUUUCCUGAAAAUGCUUAUGAAAUUGAUCUGCGUCUCUUGCCAACGUGACAGUCUCAUGCCUCAACCACAACUGCUUUAGGCAAGAAACAGAGCAUGGAGGAACAUGUUCGUAUGAAACAAAGAAACACAUAGUUUACUAUUUCUACUUUUAGUUUAAUAAGAAAGUUGUAAUUUCUAACAUGUAUCUUUAUUUCUUUUCAUAUUUAACAGUUUGUGCAACUGACUCUGACACUAAAACCAACUUUUUGUAAUUAAAAAGAUAGUUUUGGAGUUUGUACUCUGCACUGAUUAACCUUUUUUUCUCUCUAGUUCUAGGUGUGUCAACCUAUGCUGUUGAUCCCGGCAUGGUGGACACAGAAAUUUCAAGGCAUUUCAUUCGCCCUCUUGGAUAUUUUGUUAAGACCUUCAGUUUUAUGAUCAAGACCCCAGCAGAGGGAGCUAGCACCACUAUCUACUGCACCGUCACUCCUGAGAACCAGAUGCUCAAUGGAGGAUACUACAGGUCAGUCUGAAGUACAGUUAGAUUAGAGAUAUCACUGGAGAUACUGCUGCACACACUAGUCUUCACCAUGAGACACAAACACUACUUUCACAUGGGUCAACAUUUGGAGCUUGUAUCUCUGUGUAGGUUGUGUAUACUUAAAAAGAUCGAUAAAAUCUUUAACAAGAAAUAAUGCUGAAAAUUUGAAGCGAUCUAAAUGCUUUGUUUCUUUUCGGUACAGGGACUGUGCCCAAGCAAACAGCUGCAAAGCAGGUCAGGAUGAUGGCACUGCCUUAAAGCUGUGGGCCGUGAGCUGCCACCUGCUCGGCAUCCGCUGGAGAUAG